AUGGCCCAGCAUUAUCUCCCACCGCCGCCCGGGGUGCAUCCCAACCAUGUCAACCCCAGCACCCAAGCUUCGUGGAGUUUAUGGCUGAAUAUCUUCUUUUUGGUGCUGACCACGGUAGCUACUUGCCUGCGUCUGUAUACCCGGCUGCGCAUCUGCCGAUUCCCGUGGGGAGCCGAUGAUUUGCCAUCUGCCGGAAUCGGGCUUCAUAUGUGGGAAGUGCCAAUUUCCAGCCUCUCCCAAGGUGCCGCCUACCUGGGCGUCGCCGAUUUCAUCCAUCUCGCGCUGCUAUCGUCCAUCAAAAUGACCUUCCUAUGCUAUUACUACCACUACUUCUGGCUGCAUACGCCGUGUCGCCGGAUGGUGAUUGUCGGGAUGGUCGUUGUCUGUGUUGCAGCCGCCGCCUUCACUACGACAGCUGCGGUGACCGCCAUGCCCUCGCUGUCCCCGGCGGACAGUCGCACCGGCGAAAAGGGGAUUCCGCACGCUGCACCAUUGGCCUAUGGAGCGGUGGACACAGCUACUAACAUCUACAUCCUCUUGGUCCCAAUUCCGUGUCUGCGACAACUCCAGCUGGGGCCUCGAGAGAAGGUGAAGGUGGCAGUGCUCUUCUUUCUCGGAAUCUGCGCAUGCGCCGCAAGCAUCGCCAUACCGGCGAUGGCGCCAAGGCUCUGGUCUGAUCCGGAUCUGACCUGGACGGUGGGGAUUAUGUGUAUGCUUGGGUACGUCGAUUUAUGCACUGUGCGAGACGAUCGCGGACGCUCACGGAUUGCAGCGCGGUGGAAGCGAAUAUCGGCCUGCUGUGUGCCUGCUUGCUCCUUCUUCCGGCCUUUUUGGAUGGCCACGGCCCAAAACGGAUCGUAUCCUCGAUAA